UUGUAACGUUUCAAACUGAUCACUACCAAGAGUUUCCCCCUUUUUCGCCCACUCUUUUGAAGCCAUCAUUCCGCUACUAGUUUUUGUGACAGUAUACAUCAUCGUUUUAGCUCAUGUAAAUACUAGUGCUACCGCGAAGGACUUCGAGUCGAACUAUCCACAGACGUCAUGAAGUGCAUGAAAGUCGAUUAUUACAUCAAGAGGACAGCUUCAGCCAACGAAGCGCAGCUCUUCUAUCAAGAGCUCGAGAGACUUGUCAAGAAUGGACAUUGGUUUCAGGGGCGCACACAGUGUGACAGGGUCAUCAGAGCCUGUAACGAUCAACUUGGACUUGGAUCGCUGGAUUUUGAUCACAUAAGCCAGUUGAUAAAACUUGUGGAACUUGCCAUUCAUGGCUAUGACAUUAAUACUGUUCCCCCAAAUAGUCCACUAUACAUGGAAAAGAUCAUUAUCCAUAUAGUCAAGAAGCUAAGCUCUUUGCAGGUCCACAGCCUCUGCAGCCGUGUUGCUGCAUUGCUUUAUACCAGAAUAUCCUCAACACAACCGGGUGAGGCCUAUUAUGUUCUUGUGCGGAGCUGCUUUUCCAUCUUGUGGAACGGAAUCUCUGCUACGACUGAUAAGAUCCUCAAUCCCAAAGACAAACUCCAUUGCCAGUUUCAAGCCCUCAGCUUCCUUCUGUUGUUGGACAAAAAAACUGCUGUUCCUUCUAUCUCCAAGGCUCCUAUAUACACAGAGGAUUCAGUCAGUGAAUUUGCAAAAAGUAGUGAAGUAGUGAGUGAAGAGGAUGCGUCCUUUGUUAUCCAUGAAAUGCACACCCUUUUCGCCAGAUGUUGGAGUGGUAGUCAAGACUGCAAGAUCAAUGGGUUUACACAGUCUAUUGAUACAGCAAACAUAUACACGCUUCUUGAAAUGGUCCUCGUUAUAAUCAAGAUGCUGUGUAAAGCUGGGCAUCAUUGUCUGGCUUCCAGCUUUAUGAAUGAAAUUGGGGGCAAUAUGAGGAAUAAUGCUGACUGUCAAGCUGCAGCUCUGGAGCUCGGGAAAUGGGCAAUUGAAAUCCACUCUAUGGUGACACCUGAUGAGCAGAGUGAUAAGAUUUUGAGAGAGUGUGCCAGGGCAUUGAGAUCUCUUCCCCCUGACUUGGGUGAAUGCGAAGCUCACUCUGUCCUGGAAGGAUGUGGACUGCUGGUCUGGGUUGUGGAGAAUUGCCAUAAGAAGGGAUUUAGUGGUCCUGUGCUGCUAGCCUGGUUUUCUUUUCUUGAGGCGCACCAAUCCCAGAUCAGAAGGAUCCUAAAGAAGUUUGAAUUAAAAAGUGAGUGCAGCAGACUGCAACAGGCUCUUUGUGUCAGUAUUUACCAAGGCUUUGGGUUUGCCUAUGAGAGCUUGCUUGAGUCACAGCUGGAAAACGGUGAUACCCUGGCCAGAGUGCUGCUCUACUGCCAAGCCACAAUUGGACACAUGAUGACUGAAAUGCGCAAACUGUUAAAUGAAAACCUUCUCAUCAAAGCAGUGACUGCAGUGAGCAACUUGACCUGUGGCUUGUACAAUCUCCGUCUGUAUGACCAGGCCUUCACACUUCUUGAGAUCCUUUGUCAUGAUCUAAGCAAGAAUUGUCCUGCUUCACUCUCUAUUGAUAGGUUGAACCGGCCCUUCAUGCUGGCUGUGCAGACGUCCCGGCGAACAGGACACCUGGAACGAGCACUAGACUGGGUCAUCUUGUGGCUGAAGGCCCUAGGGGAUAAAAUGGCAUUGCAUAAAACUGAGCCAAUCUCUUUGUGGGUGAAAACCAAGAUCGAUGCUGCACGUAACUCAGAAGCGGAUAUCCGACUCAGGACUAUACGUGAUGCUUUUGGUCCUGACAUUCUGGAUGAAAGAACAAUGCUUUGCCUUUUGGAUGAGGAGCUGCGUCUCUAUAAGGAGGAGGCAGGCGACACCUCCCAUGAACGCUACAACACUCUUUGCGAUCUGCUUGACAUCUGUCAUGAGGAGAGCUCCCACACCCAUCUGCGUGCUGUCUACCUCUGCGAAAUGGCCCAGGUUGUUUGUUAUCAGGACUUCAGUGAACAGACUGAUUGUACGGCUGUUGAUUUUACCCAUGAAGCUUUACGGCUCCUUGAAGAGGAACCAGAGACUCCUGAAAACACAAACCAACUGAAGGAUGACAAGGCCCAUGCUUUGCUUUGGCUUUUUAUUUGCACUCUUGAGAAGAAUCUUCAAGAGGCAAUUGAAAGGGACAUAAAGCUUCAAGAGAUGCGCAAGCAGUCUCCGUGUGUUGAAAAUCCUAUAGGGACUAAUGAUCUUGAUUAUGAAGACAAGCAGAAGAAUGAGGACAACAUCUUGGUAUACGAUGGCCUGCAAUUCAGCUUGGCUGCACAGAAUAAGUUAUGUCAACCUUUAGGAAGAGCACUGACUGAGUGGGCCACUCUUCUACGCACUCAAGUUUUGCCUUCUGUGAGGAAUCCUAAACAGACGAGUAACUCUAUUGUGAUCACUGCAUCUCUCUUCAAACUAAUGGGAAAGCCUCUUCAAGCUUUGGAGGCAUAUCAACUUGCUAUUGAACUUUCCCACCAACUUGCUGACACCCAAGGAUGUGCAUAUUCCCUCUGUCAGUCAGCCAGCCUCCUCUUGGAAGUGGGCUCCACUGAACUGGCCUUGGCUCAGAUUGAACGUGCAGAAAAAAUGGUGGCCACUGAUAAAAGCAUUGAAGAACUUUCUUCUCUCUCCCUGCUCAUCAUUUUGCUGAAAUCUCAGUGCUGUUACAGUGCAGGACUGGUGGAUCGUGGGGUUUUGUAUUUAUGUGAUGUGCUUAAAGAGGCCAAUGAGCAGAAACGUUCCAAGAGCUUGUAUAUGUUAAGAGCUCAAGCACUCCAGACCUGCAGCUCCUACCUUAGUUUGGACACAACUUCCCUACCACAAACCCAACGGAGUCGAAUUAUACAGCUUGGAUAUAAAAGCCCAGAUACUGUCUUGUGUGAAAGCCUGAAGCUUUUCAGCAGCCUGCUUGUCACUUUUGUGGGGAGAGGCUUGUAUGGGGAUUAUGGAAAGGGCUCAGAUGUCCGCUUCUUUGACACAGGAAAUAAUCUUGUGUUUAAAUGGCGGCUGCUGUCUGAACUAUUGAACUGCUCAAUGAAAAUGAUUAUGCUGAGAACCAGCUGUGGUGCUAUCAAUGAUGCUAGACUGCAGUGUCGAGAAGCCCUGAGACUGGCCAUCAAGUUGCAAGCAUUGAGCCAAUGUGCUGAGCUGUUGGUGGUGAAAGCUGAGUUGGAACUCAUGCAAGGGGAGGUAGCUGAAAGUAAAUUUGAUUUAGACAAAGUCAGGAACCUUCUGGAAAUUUACACAGAUGUUUCAGAUCCAGAGUUUAAGUCUGAGGUUAAAAUCAAACCAAGAAAAGGCCGUCCAUUGCAGAAAGCUCGUUCUCCGUUGCCUGUAAUGGAGGAUGACCUGAAGGACAUUCUGAGCACAAGGUGGACUGUCAAAGAACCAAUUGUGAGAGAUCAAGCUAGCUCUCCGCUACUCAAGGCCAAACCUCAUCGUUGGCUUUCAUGCCUCACACACAAACAAACAUGCCAGUGCCCUUGCUGCUCAGAGCCCCUCCUGGGCCGUGUCACCGCCCGCUGGACAGCUGCACAGGCUCAUAUGGUUCUCCAGCUGGACCCUUCUGAAGCCAAAGUGGGCUUUAAACUUCACUGGGCAACAUUAGCUCGUUGUAAGACGAUCACUGCAAAACUUGAGGCUAAAUUGGCUGAGUUCAUCCCUCUUUGUGGCCCUGCAAAAGGGUCCCCUAAGGCCUCUCUUAUGCAUGAUGUGGUGGGCCGUGUGUACCUUCACAUGGCUGUUUCUGGCCUUGAACCUAGUCACAGUAAGGUCUGCAGCAUAUGGAAAGUACUUGAAGCUGGUUUAGCCUUUGUUGAUUCGGUGCCCUCGCCAGAACUCAAAACUGUGAAAGCAGGUCUAAUGGCAACUAAAGCCAUUGUGUCAUUGGUUACCUUGUCUACCAAAAAGGACUGCAGGCUGGAGGAACUUUUCCCAAAUGUGUGGACUUUGAAGGCACCAAAACAAUUGAAAGUUCUGAAAUCGCACCAAUCCUCAUGCAAGGAACAUAAAAGUUUGUCUAUGUCUGAAAAAAAGAAGCAGAUGAAGGUAAAGGUAUCCAAGCCAAAGCUCAAAGUCCCAACCUCCACAGCCAAAGGGAAGGGUCUGUCUCCCAUGACUCCAGUUAUGAUUCCAAUGACUCCGUUUUCCAAGACUCCAGUGCUUCAAUCAAAGUCAUCUGCAAGAGAGCUUAGUGCUUUUGACUUCAACACAGUGGUACCAACAUUGGCAUUUACUCCAGUUCAGAAAGCAAAAGCCACAGUGCAGAAGUCACAGAAAACUGCCUCUAAGCUGCAGUUUCAGGUGUUUGAUGAGUUCCUACCCACUCAAAAUAAAGUUCAGCCUGUACCCGCUGCUCCAAAACGCACUAAGAAAUCUCGUUUCAAGAUGGAGUUUAGUGAUGAGAGUGAUGCAGAAAAUGAUGCUCAGGAAGAGCCAAUUGAAAAACUGUCCCUAAAGAAAACCAUCACAAGACAAGGUACUCGGAGAGGUAACGCUGCCUCAGCUACCCUUGCUGAGAAGAUCCAACCUACAAGGCAGGCUAGGAGUAAGAAGAGCUACGCACUACCUCGAGACACCUCAUCAGAAGAUGAAACUUUGGUGUGUCGAGGUUCCUCAAAAAGAGGUGGAAGAGCCAGAAAGGUGUCCGGCAAAGAGUUGGAAUUAGAGGAGCCAGACAAAAUGAGGGCAAUUGAAGAAGAAACUAAUGACGUUCUGGACUUGAGCUUUGAGAGUUUAGGCACAUCGGACACUGAGACAAAAGAAGAUGCCGCUUCAGACAUAGAUUUUGAAGUGUUGCGAAGGGAUUUGUGUUGCAAUUUUGAGAUGAAUGACUUAUUUGACAAGAAGAGUGGACAUAAAGCAAGAGGCCCUCAAACCCAUAAUCCUCAUCCAGACCCCAGGACGGACAAUCUUUCAUUUGACGAUAUUCAGGUGUUACUCCGCUCAGCCUGGCUGGCCUUUCAGCACUUCCCCCCGCUCACCAUUUUUCCAACCCUCUGUGCCUUUCUGGCUCUAUCUAUUGGACACCAGGAUCCCAUAGCAACUGCAAUGCUCCAUUCCCAGUCUUUGGGCAUCACAAGCCGGCAUCGCACAAUCAGACACCUAGCAAGCUCUCGCAAAAAGCUGAAAAAAGCAUCUAGUGAGGUAGCAGAUCAAAUGGACAGCCUAACUCUAGAUGAGUCUAGUCCCACGACUACUCUUACAGAACAGAGGUUGUCUCAGUUGGAGAACAUCUUUUCCUUUCCAACAGCUGAUUGUUCAGCCUUUCCUCAAAGCCACUGCCAAGAGUUUAUUCAACAAAUUCAGCACCUUCCUUCAGGUGUGACUGUGUGUGUGAUGUCAGUGCUUGGAGUAAAAGCUGGGGAAAUGGGUGAAAGCAUACUACUGUCCCGUCUCGAAAAGGGAUCAGCUCCUGUGACUGUGCACAUUCCUACCUCCACAGAGCCGCUUUCUAUUAGACGACUGGUCCAGGAGAUGGACAGUAUUCUGGUGGAUCAAAAGGCUCUGUGCACUGUGUCUGAGAAAGCUCAGUGGUGGGAGGGCCGCAGGGCACUUGACUAUCGAGUCGAGCAAUUGUUGAGAGAGAUGGAGCGGUUGUUGGGAUGUUGGAAGAGCCUUCUUCUGCCUCUUUCAUUGGAUACCAAGUUGUCAGCUCAGUCCCAGCACAUUUCCAAGAUUUUGUGUGCCAAGGGAGUCAAAAACAGUGAAGAAAUAUUAAAGGUUCUCCUUUCUGCAAGCUCCCUGCUGACCCAAAAAGACUUGAAAAGCUUUGCUCUGGGAGUUUGUCCUGAGUGGUAUGAGGAUUGUGAGCAGAUUCUCCAAUCAGCUGUUUUGCAGUUUGCAGACAGUGAGAAGCCUUGUGGCCAUGUGGUUCUCAUUCUGGACAAGUAUCUUCAAAAGUUGCCCUGGGAGAGCAUCUCCAUUUUAAGGUCUCGCUCUGUGAGCCGCAUGCCAUCUCUCCAGUCUUUGAUUGGACUGAGUAUUCAGAAAGAGAAUGACCCUCAGUCCAUCUUGAAGCAUGGUGUGGACACAAAGAAUACAUUUUAUGUUUUGGACCCUGAUGCCAAUUUAGAAAACUCACAGCAACAAUUCAAAGAGUGGUUCCACAGUCAACUGGAUUGGGAUGGUGUGUGUGGAUGUGUUCCAAAAUUGGGACAGCUGGAAGAGGCCGUUGCAACUAAGGAUCUAUACAUUUAUUUGGGGCAUGGUGCAGGUGCACGAUUCCUUGACAGCCAGGUGGUCCUGAUGCGACCGAUGAGAGCCGCCUCUCUGCUGAUCGGCUGCAGCAGUGCUGCUCUGGCUGUACGGGGGGAUCAGGAGGGGCAAGGCAUCAUCCUCAAUUAUCUCAUAGCGGGCUGUCCCUUUGUUUUGGGAAACCUGUGGGAUGUAACGGAUCGGGAUAUUGAUCGCUUCACAAAAGCCUUGCUGGAAUCCUGGUUCUCAUCAGAGUCUGGGAGUGCCCUGCUGGAUUACAUGGGCCCUUCACGUCAGGCCACACACCUGAAACACCUCAUUGGAGCCGCACCUGUGGUCUAUGGUUUACCAAUCCAGCUGCGGUAGUGGAAGCCAUUCAGCUACUAUUUAGGAUGACAUGCAUCUCUUCUAUGAAGCAUAUAUAUUUUUGUGAGCUGGUCUUUUAUUUCAAGGGUAUUAAACUUGACACACACACACUUUAUUUAGAAUUGUUUUGUAAUUGUGAAGAACUGCUAUUUUACUUAAUUUAUAACCACUGUUGUUAAGUAAUGGUUAC